AGUUGAAGUCUCUCAGGAGAAUGGUGCAAUAAACAAAAUGUUCAGUAUUAACUUCUGGAUUAUUUAUGUGGCAGUCUUUGCGAAAAGUAUCAAUUCAAUAUCGCCUAAAGAUGUCGAUUGGUGCAGUGUAGAAAGGAAAUACUGCAAAAAUCAGAAUCAUGUUGCAUGUUUCGAUCCGAAAACAGACGAUAAAUUUUGUCCAACAGUUAAAUUGAUUGACUUGGCCCAAGAAGAUAAGCAAAAAUUACUCAAUCGAAUGAAUGAAAAUCGAAAUCGACUAUCAGCAGGACUACUUCCAGGUAUCCCAUAUCAAGCGUCAAGAAUGAUGAAGGUAGAAUGGAGUGAAACUAUGGAAUAUUUAUCACAAAUUGAACUACAAAGAUGUAAAUCAUCUGAAUACUGCCGACAAGUAGAAGAUACCGGAGUAGAUGACAUUGUGCGGGGAUAUUACUCAAUUUAUACUGACUCAAUAAAUGAGACUGAGCUCUCAUUCAACGUAAUUGAUAAAUAUUUCAAUGGCAUCAUUGCAUCCGGAUUCAAAGUUUUGCAAGAUCGAAUAAAAGUAUUAGAAUUCAAGCUUGAAGUACAAUCUGGUCAUGUACAAUUGUAUGAACUCACUGACGAUGAUUACAACUAUGGAGUUCGAUUUGCUGAUCAAAAUUUGCAUCGCAUGGGUUGUGCAAUUUCUUCUAUGCUCACCUAUUCAAAUGAAACGGACAAAAGAACAGCCAAGUUUUGCUGUACCUUGCAGUACAAAUAUAAAGAUGAUCAUGCGAUUAAAAUAGGUCAACCAUGUUCAGAGUGCAAUUUGGAGGGGUUGAAUUGUAGUACUGAUUAUCCAAAUUUAUGUGAAAAACCCCAAGACAAAGAAAAUUCUAAAUAUUUGAUAAUAAUUCUCAUUUUUGCCAUUGGCUCAGUGUGUGCUUUAAUAGUUGUAUUUUUUUAUCAUUUUAUUUGUCGCAGCAAACAGAAUACUUAUCAACCGGAUGUAUUUUUCGAAAAAUAGUGAAUAAAUUGUGAAAUAACUUAUCAUA